ACCAUUCAUGAAACCAUUCAAUUGGUGAGUAUAUUAGCCUCUGCAAAAGGAAACUGAAACUGAAAGCUUUUUACAACCCACAAAAAACACAAAGCCCAAGUUCAUUUCCUCUCACCUCUUUGCCUCUCUCUCUCUCUCUCUCUCUGUCUCUCCCCUCACACCACUUUCUCCUUCUCAAUGAUGCCACCAAAUGACACACUUCCAAAGCCUGCAACAACAAAAGAUAAUGAGAACCAAAGUUCCGAUGGCCGGAAAACCACCUCCACAAGGCCACCGGAGCAUGGCCUAAAGUGUCCACGAUGUGACUCUUCUAACACAAAGUUCUGCUACUACAACAACUACAGUCUGAGCCAGCCAAGGCAUUUUUGCAAGACAUGUAGAAGAUACUGGACAAAUGGUGGAGCCUUGCGUAACGUUCCAAUAGGUGGUGGUUGCAGGAAGAACAAGAAAGCCAAGUCUUCAUCAUCAUCAUCAUCAUCGAGGCUCUCAUUUGACUCCAAAGACUCUGGUUCUUCUUCAGAGCUCGGUGGCCUCAGGUUCCUUAAUGGUAUUUCACCAUCUAUGGAUUUUCGGCUUGGUGGGUUACCCUUCCCUUCUAUGCAGAAUCAUCACCCACAAACCACUGGUAUCUAUAACCAGUUCUCUUCUUUUGGUGAUGUUCCAGCCUCUUCUGCUUCUGCCACAAGUGCUUCUGGUUUCAACCUUGAUCCCUCUGGUGGCUCAAAUUUCUUGCUUGGUCUGAACCACCCUUUUUCAUCUUCAAUGGGAAAUGGAUUCACUGGUGCAGUUCAGGGCAUGAACUCAAUGAACGUUCAUGGUAACCUUGCUUCUUCAAUUGAAUCAUUGAGCUCUAUUAAUCAGGACUUGCACUGGAAGCUGCAGCAGCAGAGAUUAGCAAUGAUGCUUGGUGGAGAAAACGACCAGAGAGAUCAUAGCAGCGUUUCACUUUCACAGGUUAACCUUGAGAACCAGACCCAGAAGCCACAACCCAUUUUGUUUCAGAACCUUGAGAUUUCAAAGCCAGAGAGUUUCCCAGUUGGGAAUUCAAGAAAAGAAGGCCCAAAUGGAGAUACACCCACUGAAUGGUUCUUUGGGAAUCCUUUUUCUUCAGUGACUCCUUCAACAACAACUACCAUUAAUGGAGGCAAUGGUAAUGAAAAUACAAACAACAACUGGAGUGGGGUCCACGCUUGGGGUGAUGUUCAGCAACCAUAUAGCACUUUGCCCUAGAUGAGGGAAAGAGGAGGAGAAGGUGGAGGAGGAUUAAGAGGUAGACCUUUCUUAAUCAUGGAAGUUAAAGGAAGAAAUUAAUAGAUAGGUCAAAUCUAUAGUUAUCUAAA